AUGUUCAUUAACAAGAAGCACUUCAUUACUGCCAUCCUUGGGGCACUGGUUACAAUCUCCAUCAUCGCCCUUGUUCUCAGCCUGGUGAAGAUUGAAGAUGUCACCCUGCCACCCGCAGUCAAGUAUGGGAUGGUGUUUGAUGCAGGCUCGUCCCACACCUCCCUGUUUGUCUACGAGUGGGAUUCGGACAAGGAGAACGACACCGGUGUGGUCAGCCAGACCUUGUCCUGUGACGUACAGGGGCAAGGCAUAUCAAGCUAUGCCAACGAUCCCUCAAAAGCCGGUGAUUCCCUCAGAGAGUGCCUGGAUAAAGCCCUGAAGGUUGUUCCUGCUGCAAAACAGAGGGACGUCCCAGUUUAUCUCGGAGCAACGGCAGGCAUGAGACUACUGAGGGAACAGAACAGCUCAGCGGCAGAUCAAGUCCUGGCUGAAGUUGCCAAAACCAUGCAAGAGUACCCUGUGGCUUUCAAAGGGGCUCAAAUCCUUACAGGAGAGGAGGAGGGGGCUUAUGGCUGGAUCACCAUCAACUACCUGCUGGACUCCUUCACUAAGUACUCCCCCAAAGCACACACGUGGGUUCGUCCAGAGGCAGCCAACAUUUUGGGAGCGCUGGAUCUUGGAGGAGCGUCCACUCAAAUCAGCUUUAUGCCCGAAGGUUCAGCGUUAAACUGGACUGAAGCCUCCAAGUUCACUCUGUACGGGUACAACUACGACAUCUACACACACAGCUACCUCUGCUACGGGCAGAACGAGAUGCUGAAGCGACUGGCAAAGGAAUUAAUUGUGGAGUCGUCCUCCAGCAUGCGAGUUGAUCACCCUUGCUACCCAAAAGACUACAAUGAAACGGUCUCGCUGUCUUCCUUCCGCACCAGCCCCUGCACGAACUGGAGCAGCCCACUCCUGACCCUUGGCGAUGGGACCGUGACCCUGGAGGGCAGGGGUGAUGCCAGCGGGUGCCUGGCUGCCAUCAAGAAGCUGUUCAACUUCUCGGCGUGUGGCCACAGCCAGGACUGCACCUUCGACGGUGUCUACCAGCCCCUGGUCACAGGGCAGUUCAUUGCCUUCUCUGCCUUUUACUAUAAUUUCAAGUUUCUCAACCUGACUGAGGGGCAGUCACUGGCCACGGUCAAAGAGACCAUCGAGCGUUUCUGCACAAGAAGCUGGGAAGAUCUGUCCUCCAGCUACCCUGAAGAGAAUCCCGAGCGACUGCCUAAAUACUGCACCAAUGCCAACUACAUCCUCACGCUCCUCCUCGAUGCCUACAAGUUCAACGAGAUCAGCUGGAACAACAUCAUCUUCCGGAAGAAGGCAGGGAGCGCUGACAUCGGCUGGACGCUGGGCUACAUGCUGAACCUCACCAACAUGAUCCCGGCGGAGGCUCCGGCACGGGUCAAGGGACACGUUCCUUCCCUGUGGGCUGCGGCCGUUGCCUUCAUCAUCCUUACCCUUGCCUUGGGGCUUGCUGCCCUGCUCCUGCUCCUGUGGGUGUAG